AUGGGGUGUUUGGACCCACAGAUGUGGGGCAGGGGGGUGCGGGGCCCCAUAGAUGUGGGGCAGGGAGCGCCCCGCAGCGCGCCGUGGGUCUGCCCCACGGCGGGACUUGUGGGGCAGCCGUGGGUCCGACCCUUCUCUCCGCAGCUGGCCAUGGAGUAUUGUCUGGGCUCGGCCUCCGACCUGCUGGAGGUGCACAAGAAGCCGCUGCAGGAGGUGGAGAUCGCGGCCAUCACCCACGGGGCGCUGCAGGGCCUGGCCUACCUGCACGCGCACAACAUGAUCCACAG